GGGGGGGCGAGGGGGGUGGGUGGGAGACUCCGUUGCGCAGACAGACAGCGGCGGCGUCUGCGCUGUCUACCGCCAGGUUUCCACUGUCAAAACAAGAGGGGGAGUGUGAAGUACGAGAGGAUAAAAUGACGAUGUCCGUCCCGGAGAGGAACUCGGGGUCCGAGGGGAAGGAGGAGGAGAGCGAGGAUGAGAGUGAAAUCCUCGAAGAGAGUCCGUGUGGCCGCUGGCAGAAGCGAAAGGAGCAGGUGAGCCAGGGCAAUGUCCCCGGUGUGGAAAGUGCCUCGCUGGCCAUGGACACGGAGGAAGGGGUGGAGGUGGUGUGGAACGAGGUGCUCUUCUCCGACAAGAAGGUCUUCAAAUCACAGGAGGAGACGAUCAAGGAGAUGUUUGAGAACCUCAUGCAGGUUGAGCACCCCAACAUUGUGAAGUUCCACAAGUACUGGCUCGACAUGCGGGAGAGCCAGGCUCGGGUCAUAUUCAUCACAGAAUACAUGUCUUCAGGCAGCCUCAAGCAGUUUUUGAAGAAAACCAAGAAGAACCAUAAGACCAUGAAUGUCAAGGCUUGGAAGAGAUGGUGUACCCAGAUUCUUUCUGCCCUCAGCUAUCUGCACUCUUGUGAUCCACCCAUAAUCCACGGCAACCUGACCUGCGACACAAUCUUCAUCCAGCACAACGGCCUCAUCAAGAUUGGCUCAGUGUGGCACCGGCUGUUUGUUAAUGUGUUCCCAGAUGCCAGUGUCCACAAUAAAGGCAGGCCUCACCGGGACGAGCAGAGGAAUCUCCACUUUUUCCCUCCAGAAUACGGAUUCUUUCGAUCGAUUCAAUCCCCCUCCCUAGCCGCUGAAGAUGAUUAUGCCAUCGACAUCUUCUCUUUUGGCAUCUGUGCUCUAGAGAUGGCAGUGCUGGAGAUCCAGGCUAAUGGGGAUGCUGUUGUAUCCAAGGAGGCUAUAGUCAAUGCAGGCCAGUCUCUAGAGGACCCUCUCAUGAGGGAGUUCACACAGUCGUGUGUGCGUCACGAGGCCAAACUCCGUCCCACGGCUCACGACCUUCUGUUUCACCGUGUGCUCUUUGAGGUCCACUCCCUCAAGCUGCUCACCGCCCACUGCCUCAUCAGCAACCAGUACCUGCUCCCAGAGAACUGCGUGGAGGAGAAGACCAAGUCCUUCGACCCGAAUGCCGUCAUGGCAGAGAUCAGACACGUCGACAGACCAGGAGUUCAGCUCAAAUACUCCCACGUGUCCCCUUUGGAGCUUGACAAGUUCUUGGAGGAUGUCAAGAAUGGGAUUUACCCCUUGAUGAACUUUGCCUCAUCUCGGCCGCACCCCGUCCCCCGUGCCCUCUCCUUGUCUCAGGAGCAGGUGGAGACAGUGAAGACCCCCACACCCGAGCCCCAAGAAACAGAGACCAGGAAGGUUAUUCAGAUGCACUGUAACCUGGAGUCAAAUGAAGAAGGGACCAAAACUCACCUUUCUCUGUUUCUGAAAAUGGAUGACAAGCUCCAUCGACAGCUUAGCUGUGACAUUCUUCCCACUGACAGCUCAAAAGACCUUGCCAAUGAACUUGUCCACUACGCCUUCAUAAAUGAGGAGGACUGUGAGAAGUUGGCAGGGUUCCUGGAGGAUGCCAUCAGCAGACACCGGGUCAGAGCGCUAGCGUCUGGGACCACACAGUGAGGAGGGGUCACUACAGCGGCUGGCCCAGAGAGACGGGCCUGGGGCAUUGACCGCUCAGAGAAGAGCAAGAGAGAAAGAGAGAGAGAUAAAAAGAGAGGCGGUGGGCAGGAUCACACAGCCAGGAUCAGAGGGAACGGGACCCAGUGGGGGAUAAGGGGGCAAAUGUUGGAUGUUGGGCUCUCAACAGUCAGUAAAUCAUCCCAGAUAGAAGGAGGAAAGGCCAGAACUGAGAGAGGAACUGGAGGAACCUCUGGUUGGAGGACCAGAGGCAUCAUGGCUGUGUUCAGCAAUCCCACAAUGCAGUGGAAUAUUGACAAACCACCUGCCUAAAAGGGCUAUCAUGCCUUAAGAUGUUUUGAUUACUUAGCCUCUUCAUAAUGCCACUAUUCUCAAUGGAUUUGUUUCGUUUAGGUUACACACACGCUAUGUUUUCAUAAAGACAUUUUACUACGCACGGGUUUGUUUUUUUUGUCGCACACCCUCCUGCAUUCUAAUUGGCUGAUACUGAAAUGUAAGCAGAUAUUUAAGAAGUUAUGAAACACCUGCACACCUUUUUGUUAUGUAUUAUCCUUAAUGGUGAAUAACGUUUUUUUUUUGCAGACUUCCCUAAGAUUCCGUCCACCAUGCACUGGUAAUACUAAACAUAUUCUUUUCCUUUGAAUUAUUUAUUUUUGUUAUACUGUGAACCAUAGCAGCAAUGCAAAGGCCUGUUUUUGUCUGGGUUUUCGUGACCUGCAGUCACACACUUCACAAUAAACUUGGGUACUAGGCAAUUUAUCCCAGUGCUAAAGAUGCCAUGCCUAACUAAGUCCACGCAUUAGUAGUGAUGAGGAUGUCUGUCCUUUAGCCUGUAGUGCUCUUAAGGGUUUUCCCCUGUGAAAGCGUUCUGGAAGCCAAAGACUUGCAAAGUGCCUGAGAUGGCAACCCGAGAGGGACAAAAUAUCCAAACGAAACAGCAUCGCACAAACCCGGCAAUGUACAAUAUAACUCCUCUGGACAGACUUUUUACAGUGUGAACAGCGUUUGCAUCAUUUUGGAUUAGGGUAACUAGAACUCGUAGCAUGACUUCAGAAAGUCGAUUUGACUGAAUGUGAAACUGAGCUCUGGCUUGAGACCCGGCAUUGCUAGUACCGUUAAGAACUGCGGCCGCAGCGUUAUGGACUAACGCAUGUCGUUAUGGAUGCCUUCACUGCAGGCAGAAUUAACAACUCGGAAACGACUGCUGAUCAUGAAAGCUCCGAAACAACCGGGGGAAUAAAAACCAUGAUAGGUCCGUGAAGUAAAAGCACAGCGAGUCCUAAAAUGUGAAAAUAUCAUUACAAUGUGACGUGAAUCAGGAAAAUUACCAAAUGGUUAAUUAAGAUUAUCGCUAUACUUAGUUUCAAAUUUUUUUUUAGUUGAUGCCUUCUUGAGAUUGUUUUCUAAGAUAGUAUUUGUUCGAGGUUAGGUCUAGAGGUGUUUAAAAGGGAAUACUAAUCCACAGUCCAAUUUAAAGUAGGAUUAUUUUUUGGUUUUUUUGUCAUUUGAUCGGGAAAUAGUAUGACUGCGUGUAAGCAUCUUUCACUUUCCAUGCAGAUAGGGGGUUUAGGAAUAGGAAAAAUCAUUUGUGAUACCGGAGUAGUACGGUUCUCCUUUGAAACAGUUCACAUUCCUCGGCACCACAUCGACUUUGCUGUUUAUUCCAGCGCGUGUCAACGUGAACUGUGAAAUUUCAAUGCAUUGCAAUGCAGUAAGACAUCGCCCGACUUUGCACGCCACGCCACAAAAAUGAAACACAUUGGAAAACCAACAAACCCCUUUAGCCUCGAGAGAUUUUAUUUUAUUUUUUUCAGUGAAAUAAUACUUAAAUAACUUAUAAUAAUACUUUCCAAAAGAAAACUAUUCAGUGCGUUGGCAAGGUUUUCCUUCAAAAAUGGUCAGACGGUAAAAACACUUGAGAGUUUCUCUUAACAUUUCUUCUGCGGGAUGCAUUUCUUUAUCAGAAUCUGUUAGUUACACGACACUUUCUCUGGAAAGCUGUGCUCCCAUAACAGUUGGACUCUUGUACAGUUAUUACUUACUUGCUUAAUAUACUCUUUAUCAAGCCUUCUGUCCGCCUGCUUAAGAGAGGAGCCCUUAUUUCUCCCGGAUAUUAUAGGCCGUGGUGUACAUAGUUGUUUGUGGUUAUGAAAAGUUAUGAAAGUUUACUUCGAACAAUGUGUGAAUGCAAAGCAGUGCCAUGAUUGUUCUCAGUUGAUCUAGUACGCUGCAUGUCUUAAUAGCCUAAAAACCGUUCAAAAACAUUGAAAUUCUGCAGUUUCAAUAUUGCCUUUGCUUUUGUCAGAGGUCUUAUCACUUCCAGAGGAGACCUGACCAAGAAAAAUGAAUGUUUAGACUGUGCAAAGCUUACAGAACCAUCCAUAUCAGUCUUAUUUUGUGUCGAAACUUUUUUUUCCAUGUCAAUCAGCUGAAAAAAAAAACUUCGCUUUGGAUGUGAUCUACUUAACCCUCUGUUGAAUAUUGUAGCUAACGCCGUUGAAGACAUGACAAUUAAACAUGACAUAU